AAAGCCUAAACUUUGAGGAACUCCCCGGUACUGCUGCUGCUGCUGCUGCUGCUGCUGCCACAUUGACCUGCAGACUCCCAGCCAAGAACUGAAAGGGGACACUCCACUCCACUCCACUCCACUCUGCUCCACGCCAGGAACAUGGACCCAAACUAAAUCUGAAUGAAGAAGCUCUCGUUUGCACCAUCCUUCUGAUUUUUUUCUUUGCCCCCCUAAACCAUAAGGAGAACUGCACUAUACAGAGAGGAUCUAAGUCAGGAACAUUGUGAGGGCAGUCAUGAUCCCCUCCGUCCAUUGGCUCUUGCUGCUGUGGGGAUUUCAGGGUCUGUGUGCACAGAACUAUGAAGAAGACUAUGAAGAAGAGGUCGUGCCCACCAGGAAGAAGAACAAACUAUUGUUACCAAACUCCAUACCUCAGAAUGGCAAAUCUCUCAUAGACGAGGACUGCAGUUUGGAGUUAGCGUUUCUGAUCGACAGCUCAGAGAGCGCCAAGGACAACCACGCCCAGGAGAAGCGGUUCGCCUCGGACGUGAUGGACCGGCUGCAGGGCCUUCGGCUGCAGACCGGCCGGGGGCUGAGCUCCCGCGCCGCCCUCCUUCAGUACAGCAGCCACGUCAUCAUAGAGCAGACCUUCAAACAGUGGCGGGGCAUCGACGACUUCAAGGCCCGGAUCGCUCCCAUCGUGUACAUCGGCCACGGCACCUACACCACCUACGCCAUAACCAACCUGACCCGCAUCUAUUUGGAGGAGUCGGACACCAGGAGCAUCAAGGUGGCCAUCCUGCUCUUUGAUGGCAUCUCGCACCCGAGGAACCCAGACAUAUUUUCGGCUGUGGCCGAUGCCAAGAACCAGGGCGUCCGUUUCUUCACCAUAGGAAUCACACCUGAAGCCAACGAGCUCGCCAAUAUAGCUCAGCUGCGGCUAAUUGCUAGCUCCCCGGCUUCCCGCUACCUUCACAACCUGCAGGACAUAGGCAUUGUGGAUAAAGUCAUUAAAGAGAUUACAGCACUGGCAGAUGAGGGGUGUCCCCUGGCCCAGAGCAAGUGUGCAUGCGAGAAGGGCGAGAGGGGACCCGGGGGCCCUGCUGGCAAGAAAGGGCGACCCGGAGACGAUGGAACCCCCGGCACUAAAGGACAGAAGGGUGAGAGUGGGCUCAGCGGACUUCCAGGUCGUGAAGGAUCCGAGGGGAAACCUGGAUACAAAGGAGAGAAGGGGGAGAGAGGAGAGUGCGGCACACCUGGAAUUAAGGGAGAGCGAGGUCCUGAAGGCACCAUUGGCCAGAGGGGAAUUCGUGGACUUCAGGGUUUGCCUGGUCCGCCUGGUGAUAUUGGACACGAAGGUGUGAUGGGUCCGAAGGGCGAGAGGGGACUUUCUGGGCCGCCUGGCGUCCAAGGGGAAACAGGGAUAGGCCUUCCAGGGCCCAAGGGCGAUGUGGGUUUCCAGGGGCAACCAGGGCUUCCCGGCCCUUUGGGAAUCGGCGAGCCUGGACCACCGGGACCUCAAGGGCCGCAGGGAGUCCAAGGAGAAAGAGGGCCAACGGGAGAAGGUCUCCCUGGACCAAAGGGCGAGAGAGGUUUGGAUGGGCCGCGGGGGCCCAGAGGACAGCUCGGCGUCGGAGUCAAAGGAGACAAGGGGGAUUUCGGCCCCCCAGGACUGCCGGGGCCUCUCGGCCCCCCAGGAGCUGGCAUACAGGGCGAGAAGGGCAUGGAGGGUCCAAGGGGGCCACCAGGGAGCAGAGGCCCACCAGGAGAAGGCCUGCCCGGAUCUAAGGGAGACCAAGGUUUGCCGGGUGAGAUCGGUGCCCCGGGAGAAAGAGGGGAGGGAGAACCUGGAGCUAAGGGUGAACCGGGAUCCACGGGAUUGUCGGGUUUGCCAGGGCUGCCUGGGGAGGACGGAGCCCCGGGACAGAAGGGAGAGCCAGGAGCUGUCGGCCCAAGGGGAGCAGAGGGGGCUCCUGGAUUUGGCACCCAGGGUGAAAAGGGUGAUCAAGGCCAAAGAGGAAUAAGAGGCUUGAAUGGUCCACCGGGCAUCGCCGGACCCUCGGGACCAAAGGGAGAACCAGGGGCGCAAGGAAGGAUGGGUUCUUCUGGUCCGCCAGGACGCUUCGUCAGUGGACCCAAGGGGGAUGUCGGGCCGAGCGGUCCUCCUGGUCCGAUCGGAGAGACUGGCUACGGACUUCCUGGUCCAAAGGGUGACCGAGGGGAUCCGGGCUCUCCAGGUCCAUUCGGUCCCAAAGGAGACGGCUACCCGGGCCCAAUGGGCCCGCCCGGUCUGCCCGGACUUCCGGGAGAAUCUGGACCGGAAGGAGUGGGCCUCCCUGGACCAAAGGGUGAUGUUGGUUUCCGGGGGUUACCGGGUUUACCAGGACCCCCAGGCGAAGGCAUCCAAGGACCUCCGGGUAACCCUGGUCGACCUGGACCAGCAGGGCCAACAGGACCACAAGGACAAGGAGUGCAAGGACCAAAAGGCGAGCAGGGAUCAAAGGGCGUGACGGGGCCGAGGGGGCUGCCAGGAGAGGGCUUUCCCGGAGUUAAAGGCGACCGAGGCUCGUCGGGGGAGAGGGGCCUGAAGGGGAUCAAAGGAGACAUGGGAGACCCCGGAUCUUCUGGACUACCUGGCCGACCUGGUGUUAAAGGAGAAGCGGGUCUUACUAGGGAGGACAUCAUUCGAAUGAUCAAGGAGAUCUGCGGAUGUGGGAUCAAGUGCAAGGAGAGGCCCAUGGAGCUGGUGUUCGUCAUCGACAGCUCGGAGAGCGUGGGCCCGGACAACUUUGAGAUCAUCAAAGAUUUCGUGAACGCGCUGGUCGACCGGGUCACGGUGGGCCGCAACGCCACCCGGAUCGGCCUGGUCCUGUACAGCCUGGAGGUGAGGCUGGUGUUCAACCUGGCCCGCUACGUCACCAAGCAGGACAUCAAGCAGGCCAUCAGGAACAUCCCCUACAUGGGCGAGGGCACCUACACGGGCACGGCCAUCCGCAAGGCCACGCAGGAGGCCUUCUUCAGCUCGCGGGUGGGGGUCAGCAAAGUGGCCAUCGUCAUCACCGACGGGCAGACGGACAAGCGGGAGCCCGUGAAGCUGGACAUAGCGGUGCGGGAGGCGCACGCCGCCAACAUCGAGAUGUUCGCCCUGGGGAUCGUGAACACGUCGGACCCGACGCAGGCCGAGUUCCUGAGGGAGCUGAAUCUGAUCGCCUCCGACCCGGAUGAGGAACACAUGUUCCUCAUUGACGACUUCAACACUCUGCCAGCUCUGGAAUCCAAGUUGGUGAGUCAGUUCUGUGAGGACGAGAACGGAGCCCUGAUUUACAACAGAGUAACCAACGGCUACAACGGCUACAAUGGCAACAACGGCUACAACGGCAACAACGGGAGGAAUGGCAACGGGAACUACGCCACAGGCGGCGUCGGCUACAGGCCUGUAACCGAGCAGGGGACGGCGAACGGCAGACAGAUCGGCACCAACACUGGCACCAAUUCCCAGAACCAAGGAAACCAGCAGGGAGGAAGAGGAAGAGGAGGAGGAGGGCAGCGCGUUGUCACGGAGACAACAAGUCGCGGAAAUGAGCGCGGGGACACGUUUAACCGAGACACGGACUUGAGACCCGUCGCCCCGACCAGGGGGGACUCCUCAAGCGGCCGGGACUCUUCCUCGUCUUCGUCCUCCACGAAUAUCACCACAGGUGUAUCUGUGGAGUACGUGCCCGUGCCGAGGCCAGCUCUUCCCAAAGAGACCGUACCCUUGGACCCGCGCUGCAGCUUACUCCUGGACCAGGGCACGUGUCGGGACUACAACAUCCGCUGGUACUACGACGGCCAGGCCAACGCCUGCGCCCAGUUCUGGUACGGAGGCUGCGACGGCAACAGGAACCGCUUCGACACGGAGGAGGAGUGCAAGAGGACGUGCGUGGUGGCCCGAUCCUCCGGAGGCUGAUAGACGGGAUGCUGUCACACAUCUGCUGUAGAUAUACUUCUAAAGAGGGGCAGCUAAAACCGGCCAUUUUUCACAGACUUAUGUAAAAAAAAUGUUUUUGCAUAAUUCUCAGCUACAUACUGACGCAAAAUACCACCACUACUACAUUCCAGUUCACGCCUCUGUGCCCCCCUGCCACACUUUAUCAUCCUCUUAUUACAGUGGAAAAACAGUCCAUUACGGACAGACACUACCGUCUAUUACUGUUUCUAAUAAAGCGGGAGAUGCUCCAUCACUUUACUCAGGAAUACAGAUGAGCGCUCAGCAUGCCGCUGCAGGUAGCAGGUCACCGGAUAUUUGCACGCCUCCAAAUCACGAUCAUCUUGUUCCACGCGCAGUCAGUGAACGCAGCUAAGACGGACCAUUUACCCAACGUGAUCGCUAAUAACAAUCAGCUGUUCCUUACCCUGACCGUCUGGGAUUGUGCAGACGAAGCCUAUCCCCACUUAUAUCCGUUUGUUUUAUACACACACACUGUUGCUGUGUAACUUCACGGAGUCAUUUUAUGUGUUUGAAUGUGUUCCCUAGAUUUCCUGAAUGAAAACUGUGAUGUUUUGUGUUUACAUUGUGUCACCUCAUGAGCAUUAAUCAUAAAACAGUGAUUGUCAGACACACACACACACAAACACAAACACACACACACACAUAUAAACACACACACACAUAAACACUGCCCUCUACUGGGUAACGUGUUCAUAUCACAAACCGUCACAGAGUUGAGUGGGAAGCUGUGUGAGAAGAGCUUGUUGAACAACUGUGUUACCCAGCUGUACUGACUGCAUAAAUCCAUCCUCUACUGUGUAAUGAAUCAUCGACAUUUGAUGUCAAAAGUGAUUAAUAAAUCGGAUCUUAACUACAA